AUGAUGUGUAGAUGAGAGAGAGAGAGACCUCAGACAAUAAAAUGCGAUGGCCAGAUGAAGAGGAAAUGAGCCAGUGUGAUCCAGCGAUUUCACGCGGCGUUUUUUAAAAAUCCAAUCAAUAUGAUGAUGAAAAGGAUAAGGAGAAGAAUAGCGUCUUUGUUACGACACCAACAUAAGGAUAGCCUGAUGGUUGCAAAUGGUUACGUUCGCACAGCCUGAGCUAUAUAAACUAGAGAAGAUUAUAUCAUUAAUCGACAUUGCGAGCCAUGAAAUGACAUAACGUCUAGGCCUGUAUGCUGUACUACAUAAUAACGUCAGUGAUGAUCAUUUUUCACUAAAAGGACUGGAUUUGAAAGCUGCAGCACUAGGGAAUAUCACAGCGGAAAUUACAUUCAACUCCAAAUAACGGAUGGAGGAGCGCAUGCAUGAAUUAACGGAGCGGAGAAACUCAGCGGCGAUAUUAAAGAGAUGAAACACCUUUCGUUCUCUCUUUGUGUACUCAACCAGCCGGCGAGGGAGAGGUGAGAGACCACCAGGAGCAGCCGAUGAUCGGAGAGAACAGCGGCCACAGCGCAGCGGCAGGCAUCCGGGACAGUGAUAACUCAGAGAGAGCGCUGUUUACUGUCAUCUGAGUUCUGGCUCCGGACCAGCGGUGAGGCAUGGGCUGCGCUCCCAGCAUCCACGUCUCCCAGAGCGGCGUGAUCUACUGCCGAGACUCGGACGAGUCCAACUCUCCGCACCAGACCACCACUAUAUCCCAGGGCACCGCGGCCACCCUCCAUGGGCUGUUCAUCAAGACGGACGCGGCCGACACCAUCCCCUCGGUAAUCACUUACCAGACCAGGCAGUCCCGGAACAAAUCUCACGGAGAGAGGAGAGAGAACAGCGGGGGACACAUCUGCAUCGAGGCCGAGACACAGACCAGUCACACCAGUGGCAAGGUAUCAGCCACAGAAGAGUGUGUAGGACCUAUGAGACUGACCCAAGAACCUAUUCAGGUCCUGCUGGUGUUUGCGAAGGAGGAUGGUCAGAGCGAUGCCUUCUGGUGGGCGUGUGACCGGGCGGGUUUCAGGUGUAACAUUGCCCGAACGCCCGAGUCCGCUGUCGAAUGUUUCCUGGACAAGAACCACGAGAUCGUGGUCAUUGAUGGACGCCACUCACAAUACUUUGAGGCAGAGGCUGUCUGCCGGUUGGUCUGUGCCACAAAGCCCUCAGAACACACAGUCCUUCUGGCCGUUGUGCCACAGACGCCUUUAGAUCAGGAGGAGCCGUCUGUUCGUCCUCUCCUCUGCGCUGGAUUCAGCAGAAGGUAUGUGGAGAACAUUAGUGUCUCUGCCUGCUAUAACGAAUUGCUCCAGAUAGAACAUGGAGAGGUGCGCUGCCAGUUCAAACUCAGGGCGUGUAACUCAGUCUUCACUGCUCUGGACCACUGUCAGGAGGCUGUGGAGAUCACCAGUGAAGACCAUGUGAUACAGUACGUGAACCCAGCGUUUGAGCACAUGAUGGGAUACCACAAAGGAGAGUUAAUAGGGAAAGAGCUGACAGAACUCCCCAAGAGUGACAAGAACCGAGCAGAUCUUCUAGACACCAUCAACACCUGCAUCAAGAAAGGAAAGGAGUGGCAGGGGAUCUACUACGCCAGGAGGAAGUCAGGUGACAGCAUACAGCAACACGUCAAGAUUACGCCUGUGAUUGGCCAGGGAGGUAAAAUCCGCCAUUUUGUCUCCAUCAAGAGGCCCCACAGUGACAACAACAAACAGGUCCAUAAGAUCAACAGAGAUGGAGACCAUUCCCAGUUAGAAAGCCAUUCCCUGCGUCACAGAGACAGGAGGAAAGAGUCUGUUGAUGUCCGGUCAAUCAGCUCACGUAGCAGUGAUGCUCCCAGUCUGCAGAACCGGAGGUACUCCUCUGUAGCCAGGAUCCACUCUAUGACCAUAGAGGCCCCCAUCACCAAGGUGAUCAACAUCAUCAACGCGGCCCAGGAGUCCAGUCCGGUUUCGGUAGCGGAUGCACUGAACCGGGUCCUGGAGAUCCUGAGGACCACAGAGCUCUACUCUCCUCAGCUGGCCUCUAAGGAAGACGACCCACACACCAACGACCUCGUCGGGGGGCUCAUGAGUGAUGGCUUACGGAGCCUGUCUGGGAACGAGUAUGUCUUCUCCAAAAGUACCCUUCCAAAUAUGAGUCAGCUGGCCAUCCCAGUAACGCUGAAUGACAUCCCUCCGGCCAUCGCUGAGAUGCUGGACGACGAGGACCAAUGGGACUUUAACAUCCUAGAGCUGGAGGCUGCCACCUGUAUGAGACCUUUGACCUACCUGGGCUUGAAGAUCUUUGCUCGCUUCAGUGUGUGUGAGUUCCUGAGCUGCAGUGAGGCUACGCUACGCUGCUGGCUGCAGGUCAUAGAGGCUAACUACCACGCCUCCAACUCCUACCACAACUCCACCCACGCCGCUGACGUCCUACACGCUACUGCCUACUUCCUACGCAAGGAGAAGGUCAAGGGCAGUCUGGACCAGCUGGACGAGGUGGCUGCGUUGAUCGCGGCGACGGUCCAUGAUGUGGACCACCCAGGGAGGACCAACAGCUUCCUGUGUAAUGCAGGAAGUGAGCUGGCCAUCCUGUAUAACGACACUGCAGUGUUGGAGAGUCACCAUGCCGCCCUCGCCUUCCAACUCACCGUCAGGGAUAUCAAGAGCAACAUCUUCAAAAACAUCGACAGGACUCAGUUCAGGACGUUGAGGCAGGCAAUCAUAGACAUGGUGCUGGCUACAGAGAUGACCCGUCAUUUUGAACACGUCAACAAGUUUGCCAACAGCAUCAACAAACCAAUGGCUGCCAUCGAGGAGUCCAGUUCAAAUAGUGAAGGCAGUGACAACGAGGGUCCAGCCAGCAUCAGGAACAGCCCAGAUAACCGGCUGCUGAUCAAGAGGAUGAUGAUAAAGUGUGCUGAUGUGGCCAACCCCUGUAGACCUCUGGAGCUCUGCAUAGAAUGGGCCGGACGCAUCUCUGAGGAGUACUUUUCCCAGACUGACGAGGAGAAGAGAGAGGCUCUACCGGUGGUCAUGCCUGUAUUUGACAGGAACACCUGCAGUAUCCCCAAGUCUCAGAUCUCCUUCAUAGACUACUUCAUUACAGACAUGUUUGACGCCUGGGAUGCCUUCGCCAGUCUACCUGGCCUCAUGGAGCACCUGUCAGAGAACUACAAGUACUGGAAGGGUCUGGACGACAUGAAGUGCAAGAGCCUGCGUCCGCCUUCUCCUCCGUGACCCCUCCAUCCCUCCCUCUCUCCCUUCAUCCCUCCAUCCAUCCCUCCCUCUCUCAGGGCAGGGGGAGAUGGCGAAUGUAGCCCAGCACUGGUAUUAAGCCUCUCCCACUGUGAUUCUACCCAGCUCCACACACAUUGGACUGUACUGCAGUCUGUAGACCUUAGAGCCUGCAAACCCCAGAGUCUGUAGCUUGGAGCGCUGAGAAGAAACCAGGGGACUGUCAUACUGGCUGACAUAAUGACACCCUAUCCCCUAUGUAGUGGACUACGUCUGACCAGAGCCCCAACCCAAACACAUUUCCCAUCUUUGGUUAUCUGAUGUUGCCUCAAACUACAAAAACAGAUUUCAUACAGAGAAUCAUUAUGAUGCCCAUUGCUAAAUUUAGCAUGGGGGGCUCUGGUCAAACAUACAUGCACCACAUGGGGAAUAGGGUAACAUUUUAGAUUUGCCCUCUGAGGCUGAAGCCAGCCUCUUCAGACCCCUCUCGGGUCCCUGUUGGGCCCCUAAUUGGACUCUACAGUCCUCCUUAUCAUCAGUCCCAGCCUGAGGGGUGAGGACCAACCAAUCAGUCCCAGCCUGAGGGGUGAGGACCAACCAAUCAGUCCCAGCCUGAGGGGUGAGGACCAACCAAUCAGUCCCAGCCUGAGGGGUGAGGACCAACCAAUCAGUCCCAGCCUGAAGGGUGAGGACCAACCAAUCAAUCCCAGCCUGAGGGGUGAGGACCAACCAAUCAGUCCCAGCCUGAGGGGUGAGGACCAACCAAUCAGUCCCAGCCUGAGGGGUGAGGACCAACCAAUCAGUCCCAGCCUGAGGGGUGAGGACCAACCAAUCAGUCCCAGCCUGAGGGGUGAGGACCAACCAAUCAGUCCCAGCCUGAGGGGUGAGGACCAACAUGCUACAAACCAACCAACUGCACUUUAGCAGCUCAAAGUCACUUUCUCAAAAUCUUUUAUUUUUCCUGUCUGUUUUUCUGCUCUCUUCUCUCAGACAAGAGUCUGCUGUUUCUUCUCAUACUGUACCUUUCUGUGUCUCUACUGUAGUAUGUAGUACUGCUGAGAUGGGUACCAAAGCUUCAUUAUAAUGUGACUUCUACAGCUAAAAGGGGAGAGAUCACGGAAUGAUUACAGAACUAAAGCAUGUAGAGAGAAAUCAGUCCACUCCAGCACAUGCACACUGUACUCGCUCUUCCAACUAAACAGACAACUGUAAAUUGUAACUCCGCUUACCUUGUUCUCUCGCCAGCUGAAAGUAUUAAGGAAUAUUGAGCCCUGAUAAGCCCUGUCAGGCAGAAUCAUACAGAGGUGUGUGUGUGUGUGUGUGUGUGUGUGUGUGUGUGUGUGUGUGUGUGUGUGUGUGUGUGUGUGUGUGUGUGUGUGUGUGUGUGUGUGUGUGUGUGUGUGUGUGUGUGUGUGUGUGUGUGUGUGUGUGUGUGUGUGUGGCAGCAGCCCCAGUGCAGUCAAAGGUCUGUGUUCGCUCCAUACCUGGGAGGUUUACAGAGCAGAGCCCAGCUGAACUGACUGCUGUAAUAUCUCUCUCUAUGGGGGAGAACCAGAGCUCUGUGCAGAGAGCCAUGCCUCACAUGCAGCUAGCUCACCAUCAGGCUCCCCUCUGGGGCUAGAACCAGCCCUCACUCAGCCCCUCUGGAACUCUGCUCCACAUGGCUCUUAAAAGAUAACUAUCCUGUCAACACUGGGGCUUAGUGGGAACAGUAUUAGAACAGAAUUACAACACUAUUAGCGAAAAGUGGGAGAAAAAUAACACUAUAUUAAGUACUGUUGAUCUUCAAUUAUAAACCAAAUAAGAAGUGAAUUAUCUGACCUACAGUAGGCCAAGUGUAAUAUUUAUGACAGCUUGCAUUGAAGCUAAUCAUAAUUCAUUACUUAAAAAAGGUCAUAAAGUUCCAGUACAUCCAUUUAAAUAUCAAAGGCACGUGUUUUUUUAUUUAAAUUGAACCUUUAUUUAACUAGGCACAUUGAUGUGGACACGUACUGUAGAUAAUUGUAAUCUCCACAUAUGAAGGAAACAAAUUAUAGUAUCGCAACAUGAGAGCAGUGGCUAAGCAAGUUAAUAUUCCAAGCACAACCAACCCAUUGAUUUUUAACUUUCCAGUUACUCUCUGGUGUGCAGUGCAGUUGUACAGUCGUGGCCAAAAGUUUUGAGAAUGACACAAAUAUACAUUUUCACAAAGUCUGCUGCCUCAGUUUGUAUGAUGGCAAUAUGCAUAUACUCCAGAAUGUUAUGAAGAGUG